CGGAGCGUAACGCGGCGAGGAGAUGCUUCACGAGCGAGAGGGGUCCGCGGCGAGUCUCUCGAAGGGAGAUGUCCUGCUCACAUCGUUUGUCUCAGGUGCUCUUGCAGGGAUGGUUUGUGACGUGACACUUUUCCCAUUGGACACCCUGAAAACGCGCUUGCAGAGCCAACAUGGGUUCUUCCAAUCCGGCGGUUUCAGGCAGCUGUACAAGGGCAUAGGCCCUGUAGUACUGGGUUCAGCUCCGUCAGCUGCUAUAUUUUUUAUCACUUACGAAGGAAUAAAACAGUAUUCGCAGCCGUAUGUACCAAAUCAGUAUCACUCCAUUAUACACAUGGUCGCAGCGUCGUCUUCUGAAAUAACUGCUUGCUUGAUUCGGGUGCCAGUCGAGGUAAUUAAACAGAGGAAACAGGCGCUUUUGUCCGACCCGCAUCGGCUGAGAUUAAGAACAUUGUACCGCGGUUAUGGAAGCACCGUCCUUCGGGAUCUGCCGUUCGGCGGGAUCCAGAUGCCGUUGUGGGAGUACUUCAAGCUUUGUUGGAACCUACAAGUACAGCGGGAAUGCACGCCCCUGGAAGGUGCCGCUUGUGGAGCCACGUCAGUUGCUAUAUCAGCCGCCGUAACGACACCGCUAGACGUUGCAAAGACCAGGAUUAUGUUGUCCAGCACGUCGGCGGAAAAGGAGGAAGUUAAGAUAUCGACAAUGUUGAAAGAGGUUCACAGAGUCCACGGUAUUAAAGGGUUGUUCGCUGGUUUUCUCCCGAGAGUAACUGGUUUUACUAUUGGCGGCUUUAUAUUUUUUGGUGUUUACGAGCAAGCCAGAGAACUUUGUAUAGUCUACUUUUCGUAGUUCCUGAUAAAUAAAUUAGAAAAAUUUAAAUUAAUCAUUCACGUGAAUAUGUUCUAAUUGAAUUUUCUAACUCAUUGUUAGACUCAAUGUCCUAUUGGAGUACUUAAAGGUAAUUAAUAAAAUUGAUGGACAUUAAA